AUCAGUGAGGAACACGAGUUUGUGUGAAUCAAAGAGAUUAUUCUUUUCAAAGAUAAAAGUGUAUUAUUAUUAGAUCAAAUGGCAGCACAACGUGCAUUACCACAGAGCAAAGAAGCCUUGUUGAAAUCGUAUACAACGCGAUUGAAGGAUGACGUUAAAUCGAUGUUAGAAAAUUUCGAAGAAAUCGUCAAGCUUGCUAAAGGUGAAAAUGACUCGCAACUAUCACGGAUGGCACAAUGCGAGCAGGACACGUUUGAAAUGCAUGUCAGAGCAGCUAAUAUCGUUAGAGCUGGUGAAUCUCUGAUGAAGUUGGUUUCAGAUAUAAAACAGUAUCUGAUUCUUAAUGAUUUCCCAUCCGUUAAUGACGCUAUAGCUCAUAAUAGUAAAUUAUUCAGAACGAAGCAAGCCGAAUGUGAUCAGAAACUAGCAUCUUUAAGAGACGAUAUGGCAGCUGAUUUGUACGACCUAGAAGAAGAAUAUUAUACUUCGAUAUAUAAAUAACAUCUGUUAAAUCUUAGGAAAUUUCUAAUUCUUUAAGUUCGUGAUAUCAUAAACUUUAAAUAUUUAUUUAAAUAAAUAGGAUUAAUUUUUAUAAGAUGACUCUCUUAUUUGUUUUCAUUGAUUAUGGCAAUACACAUAGAAUAUGAAGUAAGACAUACUUGUUUCCUUUUAUUACUUCAAUAUUUUGACACACAUACGAUACAUCACACGAUAUUUCUAAUUAAUAAGCAUAUUCGAUAAUGUAGUAUUGUGAAUUCAAGCGUCAAAUGUUAAGGAUGAUCAUAAAUGCUACUUGCAUAAUAAUAUGGACUCCGAUGAUCGUACUUGCUCAUAUUGUACAAAUAUAAUUUACAGAAAUAUUACGGAGUUCCCCCAAUUGCAGUAAGGAGAUUAAAAUCUACUUUACAAAAGAGAUACAAAUCAAUACUUUGUCAAUAAAUUUGGAAUGCUACGCGUACAAUCUCCCUAAAUCCGCGCAGUUAUCGAUAGCAUGCAGAUAUAACCCUAGUCUUCUGACUGUUCUUGUUUCCGAGCAUUUCCUUGAGAGUUACUAUCGAGUACUAGAAGAAUAACAAGAGUAUCACAGUGUAAGCACAACGCUGUGACAUUGAUCCACUAAUUGAUGGAUCUUGUAUAUAUAGGCAAUUAAAUAAAAGUAUUACAUCACAAAA